AUGGGCUUCCCUCAUGCCCACACCACUGGGAGCCAUGCGAAUCCCUUUCGCGGAGUCCCAAAAGAAGCUGGUCGAAUUUCACCGGACUACGAUGCACAAUCACUAGGCACGUUUGAAAAACUUAGUCUUCGUGAAUGUGGGGCCUGGGUCAACGAUGUAAACCCACAUCGACAAGAGAAGGAAGCCGGAGAUCCUUUCGGAUCACCCUCUUCUCCUCCAGGACUCUCCAUUUGCCAUUCACCAAGUGAGCAUAUAUUCGAGGUACCCACCGGGCUCAACCGACUACCUCUCCCUCCAUCGAUGCUCAGCGAUGCAGUAGUGAGCACUGACUUGGGACCGGAUGUCCUGGAAACCGCCCAACACCCGCAGAGUUUCCAUUUGUCUGAGACUGAUAACGUCAGUCUUUGGGAUGAUUCUGAGGAAAUCUUCAACUUCCAACUCGAUGAAUUGCCGCAUAGCAUCUACGGUAGCUACGGCGACAUUGGCGUGAACGAACUGGCUUCCAAAGAGAGUGCCAGCGGCAGAGACUUAUUGAGAGAGAAGGACACGUCAAAUAUUGCACCAGAUUUAUUCAUCGCAGCAUCCAAGAUAAUACCGACCAUGACGCCGACGUACAGGCCGUCGUCAGGCAGGACGCCAACAUACACAGAUGGAUUCCAAAAUUGUGCAGGACGCCCACGCAAGUCUCAGCCUACUUCAGCCGCGGCUAAUUUAGGACAAUCGUCUGCAAACACUGUGGGUGCUGGUGGCACAAAGCGACCGUCGGGUCAAGCACCGGACGAUGUGAAUGACAGCAACGAUGAGGAUAACAAGCCAAGAAAAACUCGCAAAGCCAAUGCUGAUGUCACAAAGUUGAAGGGCGAAAGAUAUGGUUGCAUUUUCCCAAAACACUACCCCAGCGAGCAUCGGGAUUGUUGGAACUGGAGCUAA